AUGGCAUCAUCAAACGGAAAUACAAUCGACACCUCAACGGCCCCGAAGCACAAUGCCUGGAUCGGCAGUGCUGGGGCCGCCGGCCAUGAUCUCAGGAGCGACACCAUGACCACGCCGACGGCAUCUAUGCUAGCCGCGAUUCAAUCGUGCUCUCUCCUGGAUAGCGUAUUCAACGAGGACGCCACGACGAUAGAGCUGGAGAGCCACUGUGCCGCUCUGACCGGCAAGGAAGCUGGCCUGUUCGUCUUGUCGGGAACGAUGGGGAAUCAGUUGGCCUUAAGGUCUCUGUUGACGCAACCUCCACACGGCGUCUUGUGUGACCAUCGUUCCCAUAUUGUUAAAUAUGAGGCUGGAGGCGUUUCGUCCCUGACGGGCGCCAUGGUUAAGGCCGUCGCGCCCAAGAACGGUGUCUAUCUUACACUAGAAGACAUCAAAGCAAAUAUCUAUCUUGACGACGACGUGCAUACGUGCCCCACCCGCGUCAUCAGUCUAGAAAACACACUCAAUGGCAUGAUUAUGCCUUUGGAGGAGGUUCAGCGCAUCUCAGCCUUUGCUCGCGAGCACGGCGUCAAGAUGCACUGCGAUGGCGCUCGGCUCUGGGAGGUCGCAGCGUCGGGUGCGGGCAGCUUGGUCGAGUUCGCCUCGUGCUUUGACACGGUGACGCUCUGCUUUUCCAAGGGCCUCGGCGCGCCGAUCGGGAGCAUCCUGCUCGGCAAUAAGGACGUGAUCAAGCAUGCGCGCUGGGUGAGGAAGUCCAUUGGCGGCGGAUUGCGCCAGUCAGGUGUUGUCACCGCUGCCGCUCGUGUUGCGGUCGACGAGACCUUUGGGAAGGGGCCCAACGGCGAGGGCGGCCUGUUGAAGAACACGCAUACCCUCGCACAAGAGGUGGCCAAGAUGUGGACAGAUCUCGGCGGCAAGCUUGUUCAUCCAGUGCAUACCAACAUGGUCUGGGUCGACCUGGAGGACGCCGAUUGCCCCAGCGCCAGGUUCGAGGAGCUCGGGGAGGAGGCCGGCCUUAAGCUCAUGGGCGGCAGGAUGAUCAUGCAUUACCAGAUCUACGAGCGGCGGGACAUUGUUGUGCCGAAACUGGCACACAUCUUCAAGGUAGUGUUUGAUAGCAAGACGAAGGGCGGUGCGAGAUCUCAAGUCAAGGAUGGAGAGACGUCCAUGUAUCGCUCACAAUAG